AUGACAACAAGGCCCCGACCUGCAACACAUUUCAGUCGACUUCUGGAUCCCGGGUCUCCGUCCGUCAAGCCCACGUUCUGGGACAAUCUCGGCAACAGAAGAGCAUCUGUCGAACAGAAGCUAUCGUGGGAAUUCAAUCAUGAAUCCGCCUGGAACCCAAUCGGGCCAGUAAAUUACGAAUGGAGCGAGUCUCUCUAUUCCAGGGCAAUCAAGCCUCUUCUCCAACACAACACAAAAGUGAUCUUCAAAGGCUUCAAAAAACAGACGCCUUACAGUGUGUGUUGUUGGAUGAUUGGCCAAGAGUGGCACUCAUCGCAUCCAGCUGUGAUUUUCAUCUGCGGAAAUGAGGUCGCCAAGAAUGCUGUCAAGUUGAUUGAAGGGCACGGCGAGGUCGCCCGCACCUGGGGAUUUCGGGUAUAUGGUUACAAGAGCAAAGUUUCAACAACCAUGGGUGCAUCCGUUAGCGAAGGUCAUAAUGAGUCUUAUUCCCUGGUAAUGCCUGGGAUGCGUUUCUAUGUUGGGAAUCAGGACGGAAUCUCCACUCGAAUUGCAACCUUAGGAGGUAGUAUCAAGAUUGAUACAGACAUCUAUGAAUUAUCAGACGAAGAUGGGAUCUAUUUGAGUGACAAUGAUAGCGAGACGACAGACAUCAUCAGUUGCCCUGACACUGCCGAAUCCUUCACGCUUGAAUCCGACUUCGCCUUCGUCGACGAUCCCAGGACUCGCCAGGGACUCGUACUAGGCUCCAUUCCAAGUCAAUCACGAUCCAACUUUUUCUCGCAGGGUGCAGACUGGGCUCUUCUAAAGCUUCGACCAACUGACCUUGUGAUGAACCCCAUCACCACUUGUGGAUGCUUGCCGGAUAACAGAAUGGUUCCCCAACAGAGAGCUAUUGGCAGUGGUGAGCUUGAGAGACCCGGUAUGGACAACGGCUUCGCCGUCAGUUUGCGGGUUGUUCAUUCCACAUUCGGCAUUAUUGUUGCUGGGUCCGAAUUAAAUGAUAUUUCCUAUGCGCUACCUGCUCGUACGGUCUUCGAAGAAAUUCGAGCGGGCUUCCCCGAAAUGCAGCUUCAGUCAAUGCAGCACAUUGCCACACUCCCAUUGGCAGACUUUGUUGACAUCGUCCGCAAGGCGAUAGAGCUUGGUCUGACCUCUGUUGCCAAAGAGAUGUUGUUAAUAAGUGGGUCUUAA